AUGAGAACCUAUACAAAGAAACGUGACAUAGUUAGGCCAGGUGUGACUAGGUUUGCUUCUGCAUUUCUAACUUUGCAGAGUUUACUUGCUAAGAAAAUUGAAUUAAGGGCUACGUUUACAAGCAAUGAAUGGGAGGAAUGUAAGUUUGCCAACACAGUUAAAGGGAAAGCUUCCUAUGCUACUGUCUUGAAUAUUUCAUUUUGGCAAGGGGUUACAUUAUGCUUGAAUAUUUUUGCACCGUUGGUGAAGGUGCUUCGUAUUGUUGAUCAAGAUAAGAAACCUUCAAUGGGAUUUGUUUAUGGUGAGCUUAUGCAAGCCAAAGAGGACAUUAAGAAGGCAUUCAAUGAAGUGGUAAGAAACUAUGAGCCUAUUAUUAAGAUAGUCGAAGAAAAGAUGAGCAAUAGGCUAGAUUCUCCUCUUCAUUUGAUGGCUUUCAUGUUGAAUCCUUAUUAUCAUUUUAAGGAUCCUCAACUUCAUUUGGAUCUUAAUGUUUCUCUUGGAUGUAUUGAGUUUCUUGAAACAUAUUACCAUGGCGAUAUAGAAAUGCAAAACAAGGUAUUGAAUGAUGAAUUUCCCAUUUACAAGAGGAAAGAUGGUGUAUUUGGGAAGACAUUUGCGGUCAAAGGAUGUGAGACAAAUAAUGAGCGAUAUGAUCCGGCAAUGUGGUGGUCAACUUAUGGUUGGACAACUCCAAACUUGCAAACAAUUGCGAUAAAGAUUCUAUCUCUUACUUCAAGUUCAUCGGGUUGUGAAAGGAAUUCGAGUACAUUUGAAGGGGUUAGUUAA